AUGUCAUCUCUCCUAGGAAGCAACAAGUUCAAUCCAGACACGGAUAUCCCUGAUUUGUAUGGCAAGAACUAUAUUGUCACUGGGGGUAGUGCUGGCGUUGGGUUUGGUAUUGCUGCCCAUCUGCUGCAGCAUCAUGCUGGAAGUGCCACAAUCCUAUCGAACAAGGAGGAACAUGCUCAAUCCGCACUCGAAGCGCUAAAGGAUUAUGGGGACGCCAGCAAGGCUCAUUGGGUGAAAUGCGACCUCGAAGAUCUCAAGUUCACGGAGAAGGUUGCCAAUGAGUUGGCGAGUUCCUCAGAGAAGCUCGACGGGCUCGUUCUCAACGCCGGCCUUGGUGUGGGAGUCUACAACGAGACCAAAGACAAACUCGAUUCGCAUUUCCAAGUUAAUCAUCUUUCGCAGUUUCUGCUGUUGCUGAAACUUGUUCCCCGAUUGCAAAACGCUCCAGGAUCCCGUGUGAUUUUCGAGUCAUCAGAGCUACACCGUGGUGCUGACGCCGAUGUGCAAUUCGAGAACGAAGCCGAGAUCAAUCGGGACAUUGGGCCCACCAAACUCUACAAUCGAACUAAACUUGCUUAG